CAGGAGUUAAGCGGGCUCCCUGCCAGCGCGAGGGCUUUAAAAGGGGUGAUGCAACGCGCUCCCAGUCACAGUCUCACUCAGCGAGACGCGCGGUGCACGGUGCUUCCCCGGCGGAGCCGACCGGCCAACCCGCGCUCCGGCAGAGUCCUUGGCGCUCGCCUGCCGGCGGGACAGACCGCCCGCCUCUAGCCGCUCUCUGGACCCUGGCCGCCCCGAGCGAAGACUGGAGCAAAAUGAUGCUUCAACAUCCAGGCCAGGUCUCUGCCUCAGAAGUCAGCGCGACCGCCAUCGUCCCCUGCCUCUCACCUCCUGGGUCACUGGUGUUUGAGGAUUUUGCUAACCUGACACCUUUUGUCAAGGAAGAGCUGAGAUUCGCCAUCCAGAACAAGCAUCUUUGCCAUCGGAUGUCCUCUGCACUGGAGUCAGUCACCAUCAACAACAGACCUCUGGAGAUGUCAGUCACCAAGUCUGAGGUGGCCCCCGAAGAAGAUGAGAGGAAAAGGAGGCGGCGGGAAAGAAACAAAAUUGCUGCUGCCAAGUGUCGAAACAAGAAAAAAGAGAAGACAGAGUGCCUGCAGAAGGAGUCAGAGAAACUGGAGAGUGUGAAUGCCGAACUGAAGGCCCAGAUCGAGGAGCUGAAGAAUGAGAAGCAGCAUCUGAUUUACAUGCUCAACCUGCACCGGCCCACGUGUAUCGUCCGGGCUCAGAACGGGCGGACGCCGGAAGACGAGAGGAACCUCUUUAUCCAACAGAUAAAAGAAGGAACAUUGCAGAGCUAAGCAGAGGUGGCAUGGGGGCAAUUGGGGAGUCCUUACUGAAUCCUCCUUUUCCACCCCAAACCCUGAAGCCAUUGGAAAACUGGCUUCCUGUGCACUUCUAGAAUCUCAGCAGCCGAGAGCUGUUGGGUCAGGAGGGCCUGCGGUGACUACUGCGUUGUCCCACUCUGUCCCCGAGUGAACCGUGGAGCAGGCAGGAGCAUCCUUUGUCUCACCAGCUCCAGGAUUUAGGCCUUACCAUCCCGGCCAUUCUCAGAUGACCUAGCUGGCCCCAGGCUGGGGUCCCAUGCAAAGCAGGAUCGCACUAAUGGGAUGCAGGCAGAAGUGUCUACCUUGACAGGUGGGGUGGGACCACGUCCUCCACUGCGGCUGACAACAUCCCUCCUAGGGAAGAUGGAGUGAGAACAUUCAUCAUUGAGGUUGUCCAAUGGCCAGGGUAUGCUUUCUAGAAACUAUGCUGUUCUGUCCUAGACUGACUGUGCAUAGGGCAUUCGUUUCUGAGCCUGGUGUUGUGCUAUUUAGAUGUUUGUCUUGCACAACAUUGGCGUGAUUUUUUUCCGGGAGUUUCAUCAGACCUGAUUUCCGAGAGUUUGGGGGUCUGCCACUGUGGACAAUAUCCCCCAAAAGUGUUUGGGUGGCCAUGUAAACUGGCUGAUGACCAGCUGUGCUACUCUGUGCUGACCGAGGACUGAUGCCUCCUUCCCCUGUACCCACUGCUGAGGAAGAACCCGGGCACAGCAGCUGUCCUUGGCUACAAACUGUUACAAUGUCACAGAACGAAGGCACAAAGUCCGGCUUUCAAAGGGCGUAGGACUCCACACUCAGUGACAGGGCAGGAAGAGCCAAGGAUUCUCCGUUUUCCCUUCCUUCCCACCAAAAACCACAGCCCGUGGAGACUGGUAUUUGAAGCCAGGAGUGGGGCAAGGAAGGUGUCUGCACUGUGGGAUGUUAACUGUGCUUUCGUCUUGAAGCUAUUCUGAGAUGCGGUCCAGAGUAUUUCAGCUGGGAGGUCCCUCCCACUGGCCACCAGGGCUCUGGCCACUGUUAAAAUUCUGAUGUUUCUGUGAAAUCCUCAGUGUUCAAUCCGACUCAGUAGUAUAUUACAGUUUUCUGUAAGAGAGAACGUUACUUAUUUAUCCCAGUAUUCCUAGCCUGUCAACGUAAUAAAAUAUCAGAAUGAGACCUGGUAA